CUCUAUAUUACACUCAUUCACCGCUUUCUUCAUCACAGCGAUUCCUUCCUUUACGCAGUUUGAAGCUCACAUAUUCAGGAUGGCGAAGGGAGCAGGAGCUAAAGAUCUGGUGUCUGGAAUGGGAGGAAGCAUUGACAAAUCUCAAAUGCUUUCUGCUGUUCAAGAGUAUGAAAAGUAUCACAUGUAUGAGGGUGGCGAUGCUGUGAUGAGAAAAGAGAACUGUGUAAAUAUGGCGAAUAAAUAUUAUGACCUAUCAACAAGUUUCUAUGAGUAUGGAUGGGGGGAAUCUUUUCAUUUCGCAAACAGAUGGAAAGGGGAAUCUUUUCGAGAAAGUAUGAAGCGCUAUGAGCAUUUUCUUGCUCUCCAACUUUGUUUAAAGCCAGGAAUGAAGGUACUAGAUGUUGGAUGUGGAAUUGGAGGGCCACUGAGAGAAAUUUCUAGGUUCAGUUGCACUUCGAUAACAGGCCUGAACAAUAAUGCUUACCAAAUAGCAAGAGGAACUGAACUGAACAGGCUUUGUGGACUGGACAAAACCUGUGGUUUUGUAAAGGGAGAUUUCAUGAAGAUGCCUUUUGCAAAUGAUUCUUUUGAUGCAAUAUAUGCAAUUGAGGCUACUUGCCAUGCCCCAGAUAUGGUUGACUGCUAUAAAGAGAUAAAAAGAGUGCUUAAGCCUGGUCAGCUGUUUGCAGCAUAUGAGUGGUGUAUGACUGACUCUUUUGAUCCAGAGAAUGAAGAACAUCAGAAAAUUAAGGCAGAUAUUGAACUCGGGGAUGGGCUGUCUGACAUCCUUACCACAAGUCAGUGUCUAGAAGCUCUAAAAUCUGCUGGAUUUGAGGUUCUAUUUGAAGAAGACCGUGCACUCUUAUCACCAUUGCCAUGGUAUUUACCAUUAGAUACAAGUCAAUUUUCUCUCAGUAGUUUUCGUACAACAUCCCUUGGUCGCUUUCUGACAAGAAAUAUGGUCAGAAUAUUUGAACUAUUGAGAAUAGCACCAGAAGGAAGCCAGAGAGUAUCUGCAUUUCUGGAGAAGGCUGCAGAUGGCCUUGUCAGUGGGGGCAGGAAAGAGAUUUUCACGCCUAUGUACUUUUUCUUAGCUCGAAAACCCAUAAGUGACAACUAGUGGUGAAAACCAUGACCAUUAGUCUUUCUACAAAACUCUUCAUAUUUAUUUCUUAAGCAUGCUUAUGUCUCUAAAUACUUUCUAAGGUUAUUUCUUUGGAGAACGAUGAGCAUAAAAUCAUAAAAUAACACACUAUAAGCAAUUUCAUUAAGAACUUUGAAGGUAGUUAGAGAAAGAAUAUUGAAUAUUUGUUGUGAAUCCAUCUCUUGAGGUUAUAUAAUGGACCUCGUCAUCAUAAUCUCUAACUCAAAAUAGUAGCACAAGAAACUAAACUAUGUUCACUAAUAUAUGUGCAUGUGCUAUUUUGAUUAUGUGUUAGCAUAUAUUUUUUAUUUUGAAUA